AUGUCGGACCUUAGUAGUGAAUCAAUUGCUAAUUUUAAAAAGCACCUAGCCUCUCAACCUAUUUAUGUUUCUCCAAAGAUUACAAAUAAUGCGUCUUCCUCUAAUUCACAAGGUUCUACACCAAGAUCGAAUGCAGAUCCGCUACCAAUUUCUAAGAAAAAGAAACCAAAACCUGUUUAUUCGCAACCAAGUGACACUGGCGUUGUAAAACAUACUUUGAGUCAGCUUCAUAAAGAUAGAAUGGAUGUCCCACAAUCAGCAGAAGAUCUCAAAGCAAACAAAAUCGCUGAUAUCAUUUCCAAUAAAGAACUUUAUAACCUUAUGAUUAAAAAUGAAAAAAUUAAGUAUAAUAGUGUUGAUUGUACAUUUCAAUACAAGCCAGAUUAUGCGAUCAGAACAAAGGAAGAUUUGUUAAACCUCUUGAAAGAAAGACAAGAAAAAGCUGGAGGUUCGUGUGGAAUGCCAUUUAGGGAAUUAGACGAUUGCAUAGAUUUGUCAAAUGCGAUUCAGGAAUUAGAAAGUGAGGGUAAAAUAAUGGUGAUACGUCUGAUGAAGGAUGCAUCACCUCGAUUAUUAUAUUACAAUGACCUAACAUAUAAUACUCCUAUGGACAAAGAAUUCGUGGACAUGUUUCAUAACGUUAAAGUACCAGAUGAGAGUGAUUUGAAGAAAUCACUUGAAGACGCUGGUUUACAAACUAUGGCGGUACUCGAGAAUAAAUCUCGUGCAGAAGACAGACCAAAACAACGAAAGAGAAAACAAGCACAUAGAAAAAUUAAAAUCACCAAUACUCAUCUGGAAAAUUUUAUUAUGCCGACAAAAUCUUAA